AGUUCGCAUGCACCCAGUGGCCGGCAGUUCCGCGGGACUUCCCGGCUUGGCCGCCCCUGGCCUGCGGCUCUCUCGGGGCUGCCAGGGGUGCACACCAGGCAUCAGCUUGGAAGCGGGAUUCCUGCUGCCCUCUGGAAAGCGGUGUGCACAAAAGGAAGUUGAUCUUGGCAGAAGGUUUCUUCAGCCUGGAAUCGCGCUCUCUUUUGAGUAUUGCAAACGAAAGUAUCAGUGCUGCUGCGCCUGAAGAUCAGGUUUGAAUGGGCAGGUAUUGCCAGCAGUACAAUCUUCUAGAGUCUUUUACGUUCAGAUGCAAUGAAACAAUAACACGCCAGAGACCCUGUUUUGUUGUUAUUGCCCAGGCAACAUUGCCUAGUUUUAGAUGAGGCAGGAAAGUGGGAUGAGGCUCACGGUAACAAUCUGUGUUCCACAUGUCAGUGUCUUGCCAAAAGAAAAGGCAACCCCCCUAUUUUAAUUUGAUAACCUUGAGUUUAGCUAGCAGGGAAAUUAGUGUGUGCUGGACGUUGAAACUUCCCAGAUUUCCACUGUGUUGUGCUGCUAGUGUCAGGUCAGGUGUCUUCAUCUACCACUCUGACUACAUAGGUUUUAUUUAUUCAUAAUUCCACUGUCUAGCAUAACAUCUAUUGUUGGGGGCAAGGCAGAGACUUGGGCUGAAUCAACAACUUGUUCCUCCGUGUCUCCUAGCCGCAAAAGGAUGCAUGUCACUGUAAACAGUUAGCAUAACCCCACAGGAUGCCCCUGGACAGGGGGGCUUUGUCUGAGAUAAAACAUCACGGAAACGGUAUGGGAGAGCAACUGAUAACUGGAAAUGUUAUUGCUCUUGGGCCAUAGCCUAAUGGUCCUUUAUGCAAAGUAGAUAACAAUGGAAUCCCUAUUUUAUUAACUAAUUGGGGAUUAAAGGGUUUCAUAAAAUCAAAAAGUUCAUAAAAGUGACCACUUCCAAAUAACAGUAGGUACGGUGCAUACCUUGCAGUAUGGCGCACUGCAUUGCUUUUUUUUUCUUCUCGUCCUUCCGACCGCUGAAAAGUGAUUUCCAGUGCACUGAAGGCAUCAGAAUGUGCAGGGAUGUCAACUUGUUCUUCAUCAGCAUCACUUCCAUUAUGUGACUUUGUUCCCUGUCAAGGAAAACAUGGUCCAUAUAACUAGUUGUUUAUAAGGCAGAAGUGUUUGUUUGGGGUAACGAUGCAUUGGCUCAUUCCCAGAGUGUUGCCAAGGCCAAAUAUGAAUUUCAGUUUGGUGGGUCAGAAACACAGAAACCUUCAGAAACAGGUGGACAAGGAGAUAGCACUCUGCUCCCACAUAACGUCUCCAAUGAAUUUCCAGAAUAUGGCACGAUGGAGCAAGGGGCAGAGUCACUGAGGAGUCCAUCUGAGUUUCUAGCAGAGGCUAUAACAUGCAGUCCAGAAAGGAGGGAGAAUGACCAGUUGCCUACUCUUCUUGCAAGUGGCACUUACGCAGAUGAGCCAAUAUCUUGCAUUGAGGCAUCACUGCUACCAUCGAAAGAAGAAACUUUGCCACGUGCUGAUAGACAGACUGGGAUUAUGAAAAUUUCUCAAGAGCUAGAAGCUGCAAAAGUACAGAAGGGAGCAAAUGCUUUUCUUUGUUCAGAGCUGCAAAUGGAAAAAGAAAGGAAUAUUGGCAGCCAAGGCAUACAAGCAGCCAGAGAAUUGGUUCCAGCAGGCCAAGAAAAACCCUCAGACGAGCCUCUUCCAUCUGAAGUAAGAGCUGAGGAGAAAUUGUAUUUGAUCACAGAAAAAGAUCUGGCUGCAAUAGUAACUGGAGAAAUGCAGUUAGAGUCCUUGCAAGGCAUCAAUAAUAAAACUGAGGAGGUCCCCAAAGUGAAGGAGACAAGCUGUCACACACCAUCUGUACCAGCCCUGGAGGCAGACAGCAAAGUUGGGGGCGUCAUCAGUAUUCUGGGAGAGGGAUGGUCAGAUUUUGAGAAGGAAUUUUCAGUGUACAAUCCAGGCGAGAUGCAAACGGGUCUUGGGAGGAGGAUAUCGAAAGAGGCAGCUAUGAGCAAACAUGUAGAAUUUCAAGGAGUGGAGAUUUUAUGGAUACAGAAAGCAGAGGAGCAGAAGGGAGGGAAGCAUUCAGUGCUAGAGGCCAAUGCACACUUACAGAGGGCCGUGUCUGUAGAAAAGAAGUUCUCCAAAGCAUCAAGCCACCCCAUUCCAGCCUCAGUCUCCUCAGGGUUAGUCACUUUGUCUGAGAGUGUUUGGAACGAAGACCAGGCAGAUUUCAAACCAGGAGUUGGCUCGGAGUCCUUUUCUCUAGCUUUGCUAGCUGAAGGUGGGGAGGAUGAAGUCUUUGUCAAGGAUAAACUUGCAGAAGAAAAGAACCACAUGCUAAACACAGACAGUGAAAGGAUCGUGGAGGAGGAAGAAGCAGCUAUGGGAGGAUAUGAAGAUAUCCUUGGACAGAGGCACGCAGAAGUCUCCAUUGAUGUGUAUAGCUCACAGUUUGAAAACAUUCUAGACAAUGCUUCUUUAUAUUAUAGUGCGGAAUCCCUGGAGACUUUAUAUUCGGAACCUGAUAGCUACUUUAGUUUUGAAAUGCCACUCACCCCGAUGAUCCAGCAACGUAUCAAGGAAGGUAGUCAGUUCUUAGAAAGAACUUCUGCUUCAGGACAGCAAGAUGUCUGUAAGCUUCCCACAAAUGGUGAGAUCAAGAGUCGAUGCGGAGAGAUCUGCAGUGGACUAAGGGAUGUAAGUGACACCCUCUUCAGAAGAGACGUCAGAGAGGUUACUCAUUUGGACAGCAAUGCUGGACUGAAAAACUCGCUGUUCUACUCCGCAGCUGCCAUGGAUAGCAAUGAGCUCCUGGAGAAAGAUAGCACUGAAAACCAUAGUAAAGAUCUCAGCAAUGGCACCGACAGCAAUUUGGAAGCAGCCAGGAGGCUGGCUAAGCGCCUCUACCAACUGGACCGAUUCAAGCGCUCUGAUGUGGCAAAGCACCUGGGUAAAAACAAUGAGUUCAGCAAACUUGUGGCUGACGAAUACCUGAAGUUUUUUGAUUUCACGGGUAUGACGCUGGAUCACUCCCUCAGGAGUUUCUUUAAAGCCUUUUCACUUAUUGGAGAAACUCAGGAAAGAGAGAGAGUAUUAAUCCACUUCUCCAACAGAUACUAUCAGUGUAACCCAAACACCGUUUCUACUCAAGAUGGAGUCCAUUGUCUUACCUGUGCAGUGAUGCUGCUGAACACUGACCUACAUGGCCAUAACAUUGGGAAAAAGAUGACCUGCCACGAAUUCAUUGCCAACCUUCAGGGGAUGAACGAAGGCAAAGAUUUCCCUAGGGGGUUGCUGAAGGCUCUCUACAAUUCAAUCAAGAAUGAGAAGCUUGACUGGGCAGUAGACGAAGAGGAGAAAAAAAAAUCUCACUCUGAUGGUACUGAUGAGAAGGAUAAUGGACCCCAUUCAAAGGCCAUUACUCGGAUCGGCCAUUCCAAUAACCCCUUCCUGGACAUUCCUCAUGACCCCAAUGCUGCUGUGUAUAAAACUGGAUUUCUGGCUCGGAAAAUCCAUGCAGAUAUGGAUGGAAAGAGGACUCCCAGAGGGAAGCGUGGCUGGAAAACCUUCUACGCUGUGCUGAAGGGAACAGUGCUUUACUUGCAAAAGGAUGAAUAUAAACCAGAAAAGGCUUUAUCUGAGGAGGAUCUGAAAAAUGCAGUUAGCGUGCACCAUGCAUUGGCAUCAAAGGCAACAGACUAUGAGAAGAGGCCCAACGUCCUAAAGCUCAAAACAGCUGACUGGAGAGUCCUGCUUUUCCAAGCCCAGAGCCCAGAAGAAAUGCAGGCAUGGAUCAACAAAAUCAAUUGUGUGGCAGCUAUAUUUUCUGCUCCACCGUUUCCAGCUGCUAUUGGCUCUCAGAAGAAGUUCAGUCGUCCGCUUCUACCGGCCACCACAACAAAGUUAUCUCAGGAUGAACAGCUGAAAUCACAUGAAGCUAAGCUGAAGCAAAUCUCUUCCGAGCUAGCCGAGCAUCGUUCCUACCCACCGGACAAGAAACUUAAAGGCAAGGAAGUAGAUGACUACAAACUGAAAGACCACUAUCUGGAGUUUGAGAAAAUCCGCUAUGAGAUUUAUGUUGCCCUACUGAAAGAAGGGGGGAAGGAGCUGCUGAGCGGUGGAGAAAAUGAUGGGCCAGGACUGAAGAAAUCCCAUUCGAGUCCCUCAUUAAAUCAGGAGUCUCCAGUUAGUGCCAAGGUGAAGCGAAACAUCUCCGAGAGGAAGGACUACAGACCAGAAACACCCAGCAUCAAGCAGAAGGUCACUUAGACUGCAUGAGACCGCUGUAGAAACAGCCAUGCAGCAAAAUACCAUUGGUCAAAAAUUUCCUUUGCUAACCUGUCUUUGACAAAAACAAACCAAUGCAUCUGCCUGAAUGGGGUGGUAGUGACAUUUUCUAUUGUAUAUUUUGUUGUUUCUGUACAGAUUGUGGGAGAUGUCUUGGCUCCUGAUUUGCUUUGCCUUGUUAAUUUAUCAUCUAGCCAUUGAAGCACCUCUUUUUUUAAAAGGGGUGCGAGUGGGACUUCCUGAUUUAUUGCACGUCUCCUCCCCUUCUCUCCACUCUCAUUGGCACAUGACUUUCAUCUCAAGUCACCUGUGACCUUUCUCAUUGCAGUGGGAAAAGUAACUGGACAACCACUGCAGCAUAGUGAGUGCUAGCUGCAAUGACGAGAAAUGAAUUGUUGCUCAGUUGCAGAGAUGGAACUGACUGCUCCCUGCAGGUUAGUUCAAUUCUGAUGCUGCGACUGGAGAUCUCCCAAGGAUGUGAAACAUGCUGGUACUUGUGCUACAGUGAUAGGAGCCGUAUAAACAGAUAGGGUACUGGAUUGUAUUAACUCUGGACCCACACAGACCAAGGGACUAAAAAAUGAAAAUCACUGGGAAUGCUGGGCAUACAGAAUUAGAACAGGUUUUUCAAAGUGAAGACUCUGGGGGAGCAGAGGGGGGUGCCCAAAGCCAUGUCUCUCUUGAUGAUUGAUCCAGCCAGAAUUAAUUUUGUUUUUCCAUUUCACUAUUCAGUGGGUUGUUGUAGAUGACAACUGCUGGCUGUGUGUUUUAGUAGAAAAGGAAAUCCCAUGUGUUUUUCAGCAAUACACUCUCAUGCUGCUGCCAUACACAGUCAUCAUAUGCAUUGUUCAGCUGCAGUUUCCCUCCAGAAUUUUGAUUUCCUUUUUAGUAGGCACAGGUAUUCUGCAAUCUCUCUGAGAUAAGAGAAGGUGUUCUCCUGUUCUCUUCUGAAAGGAAUUCUGUUAAACUAUCCCUUGAAUUUUUCACAAGUAUUUAGAAAGAACAUGUUGGAACAGAAGUCCUGGUGACUCAGGGACUUAAUGGAAUAGACUCUUUGGUCUUAGAUCCAGAAUCUGACCCCGUUCCAGUUGCUCUGUUCCUGACAGUCACACCGAUGCAGCCAUAGGGACAGCAAAACCUGCUCCCUGUGGAGUCUUUCUUUAAUAGCAACUCCUGUCCUCUAUGUAAGGACAUGGCUGGGAGGAAAUGGACUUGGCCAGAGUGUCUGUAUACCUCAACCUUCCCCAGCUGCUAGCAAUGGCCCUUUUGGGCUGUGGGCUGUAACUUAAAGCAGCCCUGAGGUUGCCUUAACGUGCGCCAAUCAUGACUAAGAGACACCUUUGCUUCCUCCCAGUGCCCACCCAUCUUGUGCUUACUGCAGCUCAGCUGGUCUGGAGGAUCUAAUCCUUAAUGUGCAAAGACAGUCCAGGUCAAUAUAAACUGCAGUAGGUGGCCUCAAAGAAACGUCUAGCUAGCUCAGGUCCAGUUCUUGCAGGGGCAGGUGUUUACAUCACAGAGCUCCUCAUUACAGAGGGUAUGAUUGUGGGCAGGCUCAGCCGAGAGGCCAGCAACGGAUUGGUCAUGGACGUUAAACCAUUCUGGACUACUAAACUACCAGGCUAGCAGGCAGUAGAGGGAGCAAUCAAGUAAGAUAAAGACCUUGCAGAGAAGCUACAUGAUUUCUCUAUAGCAGCCUCCACCACAAAGGACAGCCAUGAGAUCUACACCCCAGAGCUCUAGACUGUAAUAGCCAUGCUGUGCUGUCAGAGAUCGUAGCAUUGAAAGAGGAAGCGGUGCACCAGAUGGAUCAUUUAGGAUGCAGUCACUAACCGGAACCAGAUAGUAUUACAUCCAAGAGUUCCAGUGUGACUUAUGAAUGGAGUGGCUGAGCGGCUCACAAGAAUUUGUAAUCUGUCGUCGUACUAGAAGUCUAGAGGAUAGCCAGUGCCUGACCUCAUUUUAAAAAUGACUCGGCGUGAUUGUGAUUCACAGAGCUGUGAGGAGGGCUGGUCAACAUUUUCCAGCGUUUGGAUUUGUUUUUUAAAAAUUACGCUAUGCUUAAAGUUAAGUACAUUGUCUAAGUGCUGCCCUGAAGAGAAACUUUCCUGAAUUAGGGCCAAAGUUAUGUGCUUGAGCAACAUGCUGGGAAGUGUUAUUCACUGUAGACAAGGGCCGGGGUAAUACACAUUGGAAGAAAUAAUUUGAACUGCUCAUUGAGGGGUAGUAGAUUACCACUCAGGAGAAAGGCCUAGGCAUCCUGCAGCUGUUCACUGUACAGCAGUAGUUUAAAAAAGGAGGGGGCAGUAAACGAGAGGUUGAGUUAUAUUGAGAGACAGGGAGAGCGCUAAUACCGGGACUGCUGAAUGUCAUUACUUAGGGACAAGUAUCAGAGGGGUAGCUGUGUUAGUCUGGAGCUGUAAAAGCGGCAAAGAGUCCUGUGGCACCUUGUAGACUAACAAACCUACUGGAGCAUGAGCUUUCGUGGGUGAAUACCCACUUAAUUGGAUGCAUGUAGUGGAUUUGCCGCUAUUACACAGGGAGAUGACCUUGAGUCCUGCAACCGUUUCACAUCAGUUCCUCACAGUAAUAGUACAGCAGAAACAGAAAUGGUCCAGAGAAGUCACAAUUUGAUCCCUGCUCCACUCCCAGGUCAAUGCAACUCUACUCUGGCCCUUACUCAAGGUAUCUAGGUACUUGUUGUGUUUACAAAUAGAGUGCAGUGGUUUAAAAGGCAAAGAGGUGACAAUUGCAAAUGUUUGUGUUGGCUUUUAAGAUAUUCUGGCUGCCCAUGGAUUGUGUUUGAAUUGUUGAUCGCCCAGUCACAAGCUCAAGUUCUCCCAUACAAUAUCUUUCCCAAUCUACGCAGAUACUGUCUAAUUCAUGCUCACAACUACGGAACACCUUGCAGAUGAGUGAAUUUCAUGCAGUUUGAAAAGUCAGAUACAGUGAAUCACAAAAUUCAUUUUAUUUAUUUUGUCAAAUGCAGUUUAGUUUUAAUUAUUUAUUACACUACUCCAGAGUGCACUUGUACAUGGAUUGUGGUAUAUUUUGUAAAACUUACUGGUCUUAGUAAAAUGCAAUUUCACUGCAGUUUUCAGCUGUUAAAUAUUCCCUGAGUUCCACUUGCUUUUUGUGAGAGUUCUGAAGCGUGCAGAUUAGUGAUCUGAGAAUUUGUGAGGUUUUAGUAUCAGUUGGAAUUCCCACUGUUGGCUGUGUCAUUUUACAGUUGACCUGUCUCGCCGUCUCCUUUGAUAGGUUUUACUGAAAUAAGUAAAGAGAAAACACAAAGGCAGAUCCUGCUGCCAUUGAAGUAAGUGGCAAAACUCCACAGACCUCACUGAGCAGGAUCACAGUGCUGACCAGUAUUGCAGUUUAGUUUGCUUUUAACAUUACAGUGUAGCAGAGAGGGUGGGCCAGAUUUUCAGAAGGUGUAAAUCAGCAUUGAAGAGACUGGAGCUUUGCCAUUUGGCCCCCUCCCUCUGCCCCUGAGAAUCUAGCCUGUUAUGUGUUGCACAUUAUUUUCAGAGUACCUUGCUUUCCAGCUCCUGGAUAUAUGCUUUCAGCAGAGAAGAUAAAUAUGUGAUUACACUAUAUAGGUGCCCAAGCCCUUGACUGCUCUCAAGAAGCAUUGCAGUUCAAGAGGGACUUUUUAAAGCCACUUUUUAAAAACACUUUUGUGUUUGUUUUUUCUUGGGCCCACUGUGUGCCAGGCUGCUGUAAAUUGUACUAGCUGCUCAGUACUUCCAAGGGAAAAUAUGGCAACCAGGAAUCAUCAGGAGGUAGGGAACCUCCAGACACACAACCUUUUCCCAGUCAUUCCCCCAGUGCAGGCCACAGGGAGGGGAUAUGACAUAGAAGCCACUGUGGUGCCUCCAGCUGUAUCACCCGAGGAUUCCUCCACAGUGAGGUGAUUGUGACGUCCAUGAUCGGUUACCGUGGCUUUAGGGCACUGGCCCAGUGCAGGUCUAGAUUGGAUUUGAACAGGAGGUCCCUUUCUGAUAACAAGUAGCUCAGAGUGGCUGAGAAUGUCAGCAUCCAUGCAGGGUGCUUUUGAUUGUCAGUCUGUAGUCAGAAUUCUCAUGAUUAACCCUUUGCACUCACCUCCAAGGAGCUACUCUGAUCUGUACAGAGAGGUACCAUGCUGUGCUCUUUGGGUUUGCUCUCGCUCACUUGAAGAGCAAUGCGUAGGGAACUCUCAAAUCUUGGGUAUUUCAGCGUGCGCAGUUCCUGUUGCCCAAUGAGGCCUCCACCUCCCUUUCUUUCAUGUACACUUUUCCCAGGCUUUUCCCCUGCAGAUUCUGGUCCUGAUGCCGUAUCUCAGGCCAGUUUCCCACUGAGGCAUUGGGAUCGCUGCGUGAGGGUGUCGGGAUUGAGCCUGUGGCAGCUCUGCAGCAUUACAGCUCAUUGGGUGCACUCCAAGGGCUAGUUCUAAACUGGUGGGGGAGGGUGAGGCAUCUGCUGAGUCCCAUCUGCCAGUGGACAGCUGCAAAAAUCCCAUGGUCAUUAAGCCCCAACAGGAGCCUAUGUCUCUCCCUUCUGCUGAGGCUCCUACCCCUUCUCUUCCUCUAUACAUCCAACCUGAGAACAGCUCUUCCCACCCCACACACAGACAGCUGGCUCAGCUCCAGUGAAGGAGAGCUGCUCCACAGCCCCUUGGAGCAGAACUUCCCACUCUCCAGCGUUGGCGGGAGGUGAGGGGAGAGAUGGGGGAACAAGGACAGAGAAGCAAAACCAACACCUGCCCUCAGCCUCCUCUCCAAGACCACAAGCCACUCCACCCCCCGCCCCCACACACACACCACAAACCUUUUCUAACCCACUACCACCAAAACAGGCAAAAUAUUACCCCAGAACCCAAAUGGCAAGGAUUCUGGGGUUUGGUGCAUGGGAUGAUUCUGUAGGUCAUGGCUGAGAAUUGCUGGUGUGUGUGUGUGUGUGUGUGUGUAAAGCUGGAUCCAGGCCUGCAGCCUUUUAGACCACUUAGUACAUUGUUACUUCAGUAGGUGGGUAACUCAGUCAACUGAAGAAUAAUGUAGCUGAGCUGUUUGGGGCUUAGAUUCAAACUAUUUUUCACUGAUUCUUGAUAGUCUGGAAAUUAUUAAAAGAAUUUUCCAAAGUUAAAAGAAUUUUCCACAGUGUUUCCUCCUGCUGUGAGCAGCUGCUCUCUCAGCUUGGCAUUUACAUCUCAUGUUUGCUCUGGAAGGGCAGUUCUGAAGCCCAUGUGUAACUCUCUGAGGUCUGUAUGGAACAUGCCCUGGGCUCAAGUAGAAUUCUUCAGCCCAUACUCCUGGACUUGUUCAGCUCUCUUGAUGACCCCAAAUGGGAAUAUGAAGAGGCCUAGAGAAGAAAAGAAGCUAUUUCCAUGGUUACUUGUAGUUCAUGAUGAGCAUUCACCUCUCUCUAUUCACACUCCCUGCCUACCUUCCCUUUUGCCUUGGAGUUCUUGGGGUGUUUGAAAAGACGCUCAAGGAGCCAAAGCUGCUGUUACUAUGCUAAAUAGCCAUUUAUGGCCCAGUGGAAAGGGUACUGGAUUGAGACUCGGAAGACCUGGGGUCCAUCCCUAGCUCUGUUACUGGCAUGCUGAGUUACCUUGGGCAAGUUACUUCACUGCUCGGUGCCUCCGUUUCCCCAUCUGUAAAACAGGGAUAAUGAUACUGGCCCCCUUUGGAAAACGCUUUGAGAUCUACAGGUGGAAAGAGCUGUUUAAGAGCUAGGUUUUAGAAUUCCCUGACUCUUUUUUCUUUUUCCAGCACAAUACAAUGCUUCUUAUUCCAUGCUGUGAGUUAAUAAGAGCAAGGAAAAAUGUGGUAUGGGGAAGCCAUGCUUAGUACAGGCGAAUGAUUCUAACGCCUAUUGCAAGUGACUGAAUGGUGCCCAUUAGCAUGGGAACAAAUAAUGGAAUAAGGCUAAUGCACCAUCAAUUGUAACUUGUUCAUUUAUUUUGUUGACAGCACUGAGGUUUAGCUUUGAUUAUUUAUUAUAACAAACACUCCAUAGAUAGUAGAAGAUGUGGGUUGGAGCUUUCGGAAGUGCUCAGCGUUGUCCUUUCUCUGCUCCCACUGUCUAUGGGAGCAGGAAUAGGCAAACACAGAGUGAUUGGGAAAAUCCUAUCUGUAAAGUUAGUAUAUUUGGUAAAAAAGUAAAUUAUUAAUAAUCACACACACCCCAUGGCAUCUGCUAUUCCAUGUCUGCUGAGAGGUGGGUAGCUGGAGAACAACAUUCUAUUUGUACGGUGUAUAAAGCCUGGGACUUAGCAACAUGAGGGUUAAUUAUGUUCUAAAGGUGUAAUAAAAAGACCAAAAAAAUGGCAGCAUUUUCAUCUUGCCUAAGCCAUUGUUGUUAGUAGUAGCUCUCUGAAGAUACACCAGAUUUACUGAUAACAUAAGGGAGAGCCAAACCAGGCCUUUUAUUGGGCAAAUUUCAAAAAAAGUAGGCAAGAUUCUCAGUUACACAGUGGGCCAAAUGAAUGCCUGGUGUAACUCCACAGCAUUCAGCCAAGUUACAGCAGAGAUUCAUUUGACUCAGUGCCUUCAUCUGUUCUGAUGACACCACCUGCUGAAAAAGGAAAUCUAGCCUGCAUCACUUUUCAAGAUUUCCUUGAAUCUUUUAAUCUAGCCUGCAUCACUUUAAAAAUGAGGAAAGACUCUCAAAAGUUCCAUUGACUUUCAGUCCUAAACCAUAUACACACGUUUGAAAAUCCCACCCAGAGUCCAAUAAACUUCCAAAAAACUAUAGGCUGGAAAUACGACCAAUUUGUAUUUGUGUGUAUUUCGUUGCAAUUAGAACAUCUCGCUUAGGGUGGGCUAGUGGCACUGUGUAACUGGACUAAAUCCAGCAUCAUGAAUACAGAACAAGAAUUUCUUGGCAGCUUUUAAAUUUGGAAAUUACUGCUCAUCUCAGAGUUAAAGUGUCAACAGUACCUGGUGAGUGUGUUUAAGCAGUGAGCAUGUGUGAAUGUGUGUGUGUGGUUCUUAUGCGAUGUGUGGCUUCUGUGAUCAAACACUGCAAAGGUUAUUCUUUUCCGAUGCUUCAUUUUUGUCCAGACAGUUUUAACAGCUAUGAAGAGCAGGACAUUGGUUGUUUUAGCCAGUUAAACGGUUAUUAAAUGCUUUUGCAGGUUUAGCGUUUUUCUUAAUCCAGCCUUGCCGUGGUAUGUUCUGCAGAAGCUGCUGGGUGCUCAGAGCAAUUAUGGGGUUGGAAUUUAAAAAGCUCUCGACACUGGGCUAACUCUGCUCCUGUUGGUGUCAUCAAUUGUCUUAAAUGGGAGCAUCACUGAGCACUUUUGCAAAUACCUCACUAUGAGCCUAAUUUAAGGCUCCUAUUGUUUAAAGAAACCUUGGCCGAGUUCUCUGAAUAAUCCUCGUGGGGUAACAUUUUCAAAAAUGCCUUAGUCACUUGGGUGCCUAAAUAUCAUUAGACUUCUAGGUCACUUAGGCGCUUUGGAAUAGGUUAUCCCAGGCUAUUGUGGAUUUACUGUAACAACUGCAGAGAGAUGUGUAAGAAUCCAUGUGGUUGAUAAGUAACAAAGAGUGGCAGGGGGAAGUGUCAGCUGUGGGCAUUUCAAGUGGUGCCCUCAGGUUUCCUUUGGAAAGUGUGAAACAAUCGAGGGAUUUUUAGCCCAAAUAAAUAUGUAAUAAAAUCCACUGGGUUUGCAGAAUGAUCUCAGAGUCAGUGUUGCAGUUUGUAUGACAUUAGAAUGACCCAGAUCAAACCAGUAGCGGAGGAAUGGAGAUUUAGGGCUAGAUCCUGCCCUGAAUGGCAAAGCACUUACGCAUGCGCUUAACUUUAAGCACAUGAGCAGUCUCAGUGAAGUCAGGCCUAAGUGCUUUGCUGGAUCAGGGCCAGGGAGCUUACAUCUUACAGGUCUGAAAACUUAGUGGAGUAGACUCCAAGCUAGGAUGAAAUGACGAGGGUAAAUCCCAUCAACUUGGGUCGGGCCAGCCAGGAUCCUGGGCUUCCUGUAUCAGAGAUCUGAGCUGUUUCUUUGGCAUCCACCCUGUGCAGGAUAAUGUAGUGAAAUGUGGUGGCUCAGCAGUCUCCUGCAGCCUUUAAAGAGUGCUCAUUUACCCACUGUGAGCACACGUUGCAGUGAAGACCAGGAAAUCAGCAUUGAGCUCUCAGUCAUCAGUCACUGUGGGGGGCAUGUGUGGAAAUGUUCGUUUUCAAUGCCCAGCACUUCAGAGAACACUCCACACAGAAACAUGCACCUGCGCAGCAAAGCCAGCUCCUUGAUUUAGAUCAAAGCAUAUUGGAAUAAUGCUGUACAGCAUUCAGGAACAGGCAGGACAGGGCCAGAGAGAGCCCCUGGGUGGGGCCAAGCAGUAAACCCUGCUGUUUACGUAGUCUCUGGAUACUGCUCUGUGGUAGUAUAAGAACCUCCCCUUUAUAAUCUCACUUGUUUUCCUUAUACUAUUGAGACCCCAGUGGAUUUGUUUACAUCCUCACUGCCCUCUGGAGAGCCACUCUGUCUGUAAUGGAGCAGUGCUGAAGUUCUCACCAGCCCUUCUCCACUGGAAUAAAUCCUGCUGCUCUGACCCUUGGGGCAAGCCCUAUGUAAGGUCUAUGCUGGCUCUCCCCACAAAGGGUAAAUUUCUCUAUAUAGAGGCCCGGUGAAAGAGCCAGAGGUAUGCAGACCUGAUCGAGGCCCCAAAUCAUGAAAGCAUUUCAGCGUUGCUUAAAUGCCACUGAUGUCCAUGGGACUUGAUCACAUGCUUUCCCAACUAGAGCUGCUGUCCUGAAUCAGGGCCUUUGCUGUUUUCUAACGGUACCAUAGGAUGCCCUUGGAUUUCCUAUUCUAGUCUAUGUGACAGGUACUAGAAUGAUCAUUCCUGGUAAAUGAAGGCACUUACAGAAUGUCCUGUCUCCCUGGGGGAAGGACUCUUGGAUAUUAUUACAUUAUUUAAAUAAUAUUUUGAAAUGAAGUUUACAUUGCUUUGUUUUUCCUUUGAGGUAACUGUAUAUAAAUAUUUCCCUCUCUUUGAGCAUUGCUGGAGUAAACAGACAAAUAAUUUGCCUCUGAUAUAUGGAAACUUUGAGAUAUAGUUCUCUCUUGUGUACACGUUCAUGAUUAUAACUCUUGUUCCUCUGUGUUUUAUAAGGCAGGAUAAUGUUGCUUUAGAGUAACUACAAGUCUGCAGCCUUCUGAAUGAUUUUUAUGUGAUUGAAAUUGAGCAAAGCAGUGAAGGAUUUCACACAUGUAUAUGAUAUAUGUAUAUGUACAAACUUUAGAAAGAAAUAAACCAAAUGUACUUCA